AUGGGGCAGCUGCUGAUUUCUUACCAGGAUGAACAGUAUGGUAACCAUACCCACUUUGCUUUCUACACCGAGUUUAACAAAACGUUGGAGGAGAAAGUGGUGGAGACCAUUUUCUUAAGUUUGGUCUUUGUAUUUUCCUGGUUCUCCAAUGUCUGCGCCAUAGUGUUGUUGAUCCGAAAGAAGAGGCUGGUUACCUCCAACUGUUUUGUGCUGAACCUAUUCUGCUCCGAUUUGCUCUUCGUCAGCAUGAUUCCUUUCAUCUUGGUGGUCCGCUGGACAGAGAACUGGAUCCUAGGCGAGUUUGUAUGCCACCUGCUGUUCUAUGUCAUGUGCCUGAGCGGCUCUGUCAUCCUGAUCUCAUUGUCUGCUGUCAGCCUAGAGAGGAUGAUCUGUAUCAUGAAAGUGACACAGACAACCACAUGCAAUGUAAAGGUGGUGGUCUUGGGGCUGGUGAUAAUCUGGGUGUUCUCCGCCAUGACCGCCUUACCUCUGUGCUUAUUUUUCAAGGUGAUACCAAAAACUGUCAAUGAUGAGGAGCUGAAGAUCUGCACUCUUCUCUGGCCUACACUUACAGAAGAAAUCACAUGGGACGUCUCAUUUGUUCUUCUAGAUUUUAUCAUCCCUGGUUUGGGCAUCAUUGUCAGCUAUACCAAGAUCUAUAAGAUAACAAGGGACAUAAGACAGAGGAUGAUCAGCAGUACAGCAUAUUCUGAAAACCAUCAAAUCCGAGUGUCCCAGUGUGACUACAAACUUUUUCGAACCCUCUUCCUUCUGAUGAUCUCCUUCUUUGUCAUGUGGACUCCUGUGUUCAUCAUGGUACUACUCCUUCUCAUUCAGAACUUGGACAUAGACUUCCGUCUCUCACCUACAUGCUUCUUUUGGAUUUCUUUGUUUACAUUCUGUAACUCGAUAGUCAACCCGGUUUUGUACAACAUUAACUUAUGCCGCCAGAAAUGGUGCCAAAUUGUGUUCUGUUGCAGCACAGAGGAAAGCACAGACACAGAGACCACCAUCAAAAAGAACGAGAAUCAAAAUUGUGCUUCAGAGAUAAAAUAG